UGUACAACUUGUUCAGGGGAUAGAAGACCUAACAAAGAAGCCAUAUACCUCCUAGUUGUAAGUUGUGCUAUGUAUGGUCUGGAAACCUAUUUACAUAAAUGUAUAUAUAUAAUUUUAGAUAUUUGUAUAAGCUACAGCCUGUAUUGUAGCGACUCGCACUGUGGCGGUGGCAAAAGGAAUUAAAAGGUAAAUUUGUAACGUGAAGUUGGGAAGUUUCGCUGGACUCUAUUGCCCGCCCUGGGAAGCCAAACUGUGACCCAGAAUGCCAUUGGUAUGUAGCGGCGCGGUUCUUUUGUGCGGAAAGCGUAGACAGUGAAGAUGGUUAUCGCGCCGUGUAAUCUUGUAGAAACUGACCAUCACUAGGGCGUGAAAAGUUUAUAUAUAACAGUGAGACAUAGAAUAUCAAUACCGUUGUGAUUGGGUAUAAUAAUUCUUCUGAAGACGUGGGAGACAGUGUUUCAAGGAUUUGUCAAAAAUGAUGAUUCAUCUAAAAACAUUACAUUCACGCCUCUGCCAAGAUGUCUACUUCGACAGGACGUCUUCAAAGGCAGAUGAUUUCAAUGACAGUUUGUCACCUAACAUCUUUAAUCGCUUAAGAUGCGGACCUCGUUCUUGUGUGUCCUGUGUAUAGCGACGCAUCUCGCAGCAUCUCUGCCGUUGGAGCCAUCAGCAGCCUUGCAAGAUCAGCAGCCCCAAGAAGAACAGGAGACACUAGUGACGCUAGAUCUAGGAAAUCCUAGGCAUGAUACUAGUGCAAGAGACAAGAGAACAAUUGGUUUCCUGAGGCAACUCUUCCCUACGUUAUCUAAGACAGUUGAUGAUAUAGUACAAAAUAUCACAAGGUUCUUGUUCCGUGUAAUUGGACGUCUGGUGCUCCAAGGUGGGCUCCUUGGAGGUGGGGGAGGAGGAGGAGGGGGUGGUGACUCCUCCUCUUCCUCCGGUGGAGGCAGCGGCCCAAGUGUAAGCGUCGUACUGCCAACAUUUCCUCCAAGUCCAGACGAUGAGGAAGAGGAAGAUAACACUGAGAUGGCUGCGUCAGAAGUGAAUCCUGAGACAGAAAACCAGGUCACAGGAGCUGAGUCACAGCUGAAUGAAGUCCGAGUGCAAUAUGCAGAUCCAAUGCAACCAGCAGAGCAGGUCUACAAUGACCAAGAGGACGCAGCAAGUGGAGGAAAUGGCAAUCCUGCAGAUGUAGCAGAUGAAGGAACAGAGGAAGAUCAACGCAACAAGAGGUUUCUGAAUUUUGGCUUUGGUGCUGACUCAAGCAGCAGCAGCAGUAGCAGUAGUGACAGUGGUUCUGGUGGUGGCUCAGGAAACUUCCUUUUUGACAUUAUUAGGCAAACAGCAAACAGGGUGGCUCGUACAGCAGGCACAGUAUACCGAGUUGUGGCGGGCACAGAAAGCCUGGAUCUAGGGCUUGGCCUAGGUGUAUCUACAAGAAAAUCGACAACCAGGACAUCAACCAAUCAGACUACUACAAUGACUACCAACAAAGGCAAUGGGACAACCCGUGCGUUGGUAGCUGGAAGCGGCAACACUGACUCAAGUAAUGAUGGCAAGCCAGCUGAAGUGUCAGCAGGUGGAGGAGGACAAGUAGAGAAGGAUGAUGGUUACCAGGCAGGAAUCCCAGGUCCUAUCACCAGGUUGUUCAUUAUUGCCAACAGAGGCAUUGCUAAUUUGGUGCAGGACCUAAUCUUGCGCCUGGCUCAGACCAGUGAAAGGAUAGUCAACUUUAAAGCCAGGCUCAUCACAGCUAUCAUCUAAUGCUGGUUGAAAGUGCAAUUCCACACAUCACACGUAGCCAUUCCUUUGUUGUGACAAAAUAAAUAUUCUGAUGAUUAAUUUUUCACAAUUAAAAAAAUGUGGCCAUUACUAUAUUGUAAAUAUUUAACUGGAACUCAUCGCAUUGAUGCAAUGUGUAAAAGUUACAUAUUUGUAUUAAUAGUUAGUGUAACUGUUCACACUGCAUUCCUUUAAUUUAAAGGUCUGUUCAGUAUGGAAAAUAUGUCUUAACAAAGAUAUAAAACAGAAUAUGUAAUGUCUUGAAUGUGUGCAAUAUUGUAGGGCUUAUAUAUCCUAGACUGCAAAUGCUGGAAUAGGUUAUAAAAUAAACCAUAUUUUACCAGUGCUCCCAUAUGGAUAAAGCUGCUAGUCCUUUGUAGCUUUGAAAAAAUUUCAUAACUAGGAAAUCUCCGAAUUUGUUUUCAUAAACAGAAUUGUGAAUUGGAACUUUUAAUAAAAGAAGAAUUAAUUCUGAAAAAAAUUGUUUAUAAAUGUAAAUGUGCUGUAAAUGAAUUAAUUAAUAACUCAAAUUGUGUAAGAGUUCAAAAAGUUCCUUAUGUGAUAGUAUAAAAUCCUUCCAUGACAUUUAUGUAACUGUUUAUAUUAUUAUUGGCUUCUCAGCAUGAAUAUUUCUAUUUAGAAUACAUACAUGAAUUUCAUUGAUGCUUGAAGAUGGAGACUUAGUAGUGAUGGCCCAGGAACUUUUUGAAUGUUUCUUACACAGCAACAUGUUUGAAUGUACUUAAGCAAUAAUAGGUCAGAGAUCCAAAGAAAUUGGGACAGAUCUGUUUUACUUAUACUAGGCAAACAUUUUUUGAUAUAAUAUCAUGUGUUAGAUUUACAAUGAUGGGUGUAAGAUAAAUGGUGUUUUAAACCAUUCAAUGAGAACAUUUGCUCAAACUUUUUUGACACUUAUUUUGUUCAUGGUAAAGUCAGGAAUAAAAUGUCUGCCACUGGAUUAUCAUCCUCAUAUAACAAACAUUUAUUCAGAUAUUAAAACAUAAAAAUUUAUUAUUGUUACUAUAAUGUCUACAUUUCAUACACUGCACAUAGCAGGCAUUAAAUUGGUUUAUCUUGAUAAACAUAUAUUCAAAAGUAAGAUACCAUAUUGUAUCAUUCUCUCAUUAUCAUUUUAUAGCAAUCUCUAGAAUUUUAUUACUUGUUGCUAAAGAUAGAGCAACAUUAAUUAUUUCAAAUUCUGAGAGUAUUUUUAUAAUUAUCUUUCAAAAGUCCAUCCAUUACCUUCAUGUUGUUAUUGCAGUUUGAACAUGUUGCAAACAAUAGAAUGAGUGAUGAUCCUUCAUAUUGAUGUGUGGCUGACAAAACAGGGUAUUUAUAACAUCCUGUAGCCAGUUCUCUUUCAUAUUCUUCUAGAAUUAUCAUAGUUGUGAACAUUUUAAAAAGAGAAAAUUCUAAUAUUUACUGUCUUCAUGAAGACUCAUUAUAAAUGCAAAGUAAAAUAUAUUUAAAGCUUGCCAUGUUGAAUUUUUUCUGUUAGUAUAUUCCUACAUUAAAAUAUGACUUAUACCAUUGAGAAGCUACAAAUUUUUUUAUGUAGAAAUGACAGUGAUUUUCUUUUUACCACUGGUAUAUGUGUAUAGCAUGUAGUAUCAAAAUUUAGUUCAGAUCCUAAAGAAAGAAAACCAGUUUUCCUUCCAUUAAGCUGAGUGUAGGUCUUUUAUAAAUGUAAUAUUUAGCAUGGAAGUUGUUAUAUAUAGACAGAAGAAUAUUACAAUUAAAACACAAUUGCAUAUCCAUUAUUACUGUGAACUCUGUUAUGCUGUAAUGCUCUUCAAAAAGGCUUUAAUUUUAAUAAAAAAACCAACAAAUACAAAUACAGAUGUACUUUAUGUCUGUUGUCAUUACUGAAGAUUAUUAAUUUUUCUACCUGAUCAAGAAAUUCUCACCUUUUAAGAAACCCAAAUAUUUGUUAUCAUGGUUACAGAAAAAUUCACCAUGGACCCUAUUUUGAGCAAGUUAAGUCCAGUCCAUUCUUUCUCAUCCUACUUAUCUGAGAUCUAUUUUUAAUUAUUCUAUCUAUGCCCAAGUCUCACAAGCUUUUCUCUCCUCUUUAGGUUAUUAACCUUGUAAGAAAAAUUUGCAACAUUCUUCUUCAAAGUGACAUGAUAUUAGUGAAGAACCAUAGAAGCACAAAAAAUUGAUAUGAAAAUAUAAUUCUGUUGAAGAGAACAAUGCAAUCUGUGACUACAUUAAUCCACACUAAGCAUGUAAAAAUUCUUUCAUUACAUAUUCCACAAAAUUUGUGAUUAAUUAAUCAGGUUUUGUUAUAUGCAAUCUGUUGUCCAAGUACAUCAUGAAUUACAUCUGUAUUUAUAACUCAUUUUUCCUAACUAUUUUUAUGGGUUAGAUGUAGCUUUGAUGUAAACUUUAAGUACCACCUAAAAUUAUUACAUUAGUAAACAAGUAAUUUGAAUUAUGAAAGACUCUUCGGUUAAGAACAGUUCCCAUCGCAAGCACGCUACAAAGGACCAGAUUUAUUAUGCAGCAGCCCUGACGAUGAGAGCAGAGAUUACUCUCGAAACUGGGAGAAGAUAUGGUUUAUUUACCAUUCAGCCACCUGAUGUGGCUCGUAACCUGAGAGUCUUUCAUCAACUUCAGUCGCCGUGAUAUUUUCACUUUAUACAUAAGUAAUUUGUAUAUCUAUCACCAUGUUCACAUCUAUGUUAAUAACACACAGAUCUACACUUUUUAUUCCAUUUUAUGAUGCAUCUUAUGUAGUAGUGCUUUCUAACAGUUAAGAUUAAUAUCCGCUGUAUUGUAAAACUGCAUUUUAAAAUUGAAUAAAUGUGUAAAAUAUUGUACA